GGUUUCGUGCGAAGGGAGGGCGUGUCGCGGCGCAGCGUCCCCUGUCCCGGAAAGCGUCGUGUGACGUCGGUGCCGCACAGGAGCUGCGGCGGUCGCUGCGGAGAAUGGUGUUAAUCAAGGAAUUUCGAGUAGUUUUGCCAUGCUCCGUAGAAGAGUAUCAGGUUGGCCAGCUUUAUUCUGUGGCUGAAGCAAGCAAAAAUGAAACUGGUGGUGGUGAAGGUAUUGAGGUCUUGAAAAAUGAGCCGUAUGAAAAAGAUGGGGAAAAAGGUCAAUACACACACAAAAUCUACCACUUGAAGAGUAAAGUCCCUGGUUUUGUAAAGUUGUUUGCUCCGGAGGGAUCCCUGGUGUUUCAUGAAAAAGCAUGGAAUGCUUAUCCUUACUGUAGAACAAUUGUAACGAAUGAGUAUAUGAAAGAAGACUUUUUCAUUAAAAUUGAAACUUGGCACAAACCAGACAUGGGGACGCAAGACAAUGUACAUGGUCUAGAUCCCAAUGUGUGGAAAACUGUUGAAGUGGUCCAUAUUGAUAUUGCAGACCGAAACCAAGUAGAACCUGGCGAUUACAAAGCGGAUGAAGACCCUGCAAUGUUUCAGUCUAUUAAAACAAAAAGGGGACCCCUGGGACCUAAUUGGAAGAAAGAAUUGGCAAACUCUGAGGACUGUCCACGCAUGUGUGCUUACAAACUAGUAACAAUAAAGUUUAGAUGGUGGGGACUUCAAAAUAAAGUAGAACAUUUUAUUCAAAAGCAAGAAAAACGAAUAUUCACAAACUUUCACCGUCAGUUGUUCUGUUGGAUUGACAAGUGGAUUGACCUAACAAUGGAAGACAUCAGAAGAAUGGAGGAUGAAACGCAGAAGGAAUUAGAAGCAAUACGUAAGAAGGGUGCUGUUCGUGGCACAUCUGCUGCAGAUGCCUAAGAAAGCCUGCUCUUUAGACUCAGAGGCAGUAUUAAGCUACGCAACCAAGGUCAAGUAAGAGGAACGAGUGCUGCCCAUGAUGAUUAAAGAUGGACCUGACCAAACCGCAUGCAGAACUAUUAUUUUAUUUUUUUUCAUUUAUAGAUGUGUUUAUAUAUCUAUACGUUUGUAGCUAUAUAAACAUGUUCUGAACAUUUAACUUAUGUGUACUGUACCUGACAUGAGCAAAAACAAAUUGUAAAGGUGAAUGUGUACUGUACAUAAAGUUUACAAACCUUUCUGAAUGUCACUAAAAUUGUAAAAUUGCGGGCUCCUGACACCCAGAUAAUAUUUUUGUACUAUAGGUUUUGCUUUUAACUAUUUUGUUUUAGUGUCAUAAAAAAUACACAAUGUUUAAUGGUUGUUUUACUGUUUUAAACACUUUUUUCCACUUAGUGUAAUUUAGUGGAAGGGGUAAGAUGAGGGUAUUGCCUGAACAUUGUCACUGCUGUC